AUGGCGAUGCCGCCGAUGCAAAUGGGGCCGCCGACCUCCACCGGCAUGCCAUCGCCAACGAUGGGGCCGAUGCCGCCUACAGACAAGAACAUGGACAUGCCCGCCAACAUGCCCGCGAUGCACAUGGCCUUCUUCUGGGGGCACCGGGUGCAGGUGCUCUUCUCCAACUGGCCAGGGGAUCACCGUGAUGGGGUCGGCAUGUACGUCCUUUGCCUCCUCGUCGUGGUUGUGCUCGCUGCGCUCGUCGAGGUGCUUUCGGCAUGGUCCCGUGGUCUCUCCCGCCGCAGCCGUGACUCCAACGCGUUGGGGACCCUGCUGAUGACGGGGAUACACGCAGUGAAGCUCGGGCUCUCGUACUUGGUGAUGCUGGCCAUCAUGUCCUUCAACGGCGGGGUCUUUCUAGCCGUCUUGGCUGGCCACGCCGCUGGGUUCUUUCUCUCGCGGAGAGGGAUUCUCGGCCAUGCAACCCAUGACGACGUGCUAACGAACGGUGCUCUCCAUCCAUCAAAACCGAAACCUUAA